ACGCAAUGUGAAAGAAGUUGCAAGAUAGUAUAAACAAUUCCGUGUUAUUGCGCACGUUGCUACUACUUUAGAUCGCUUUUGUACGUUUUCAGUUGAUGUAACAUUUUAAACAUAUUUAAUUGGUCGUGUGAGGAUACAUUCGCCUCCGUGUUACUUUAAAGCGUAGCUGCUAGCUUAGCUUAGCUUAGCUUAGCUUAGCUUGCUAGCUGCUAAGAAAGAGACAAAAGCGGAAGUGAUCAAAACGUCGCAAAGUGUGCGUGUAAAGUGUUGUGGUUGUGUGAAAAUGUGUCAAGUAGAAAUGUUGAGAGUGUUGCUGAACCAGCGACUAACUGGCGCCGUCGAAGAGAUAUUUGAAGAGUUAGCGAGAACGAUAGCAAAGUUAGAGGAGGAACUUUCUAGAACAAAAGAGGAGAACGAGCGACAACGUCAACUUCUGGAAGCUCUUUUCAACAAACAUCAAGUUGUGUUGCACAGAACAGACGUCUCGCAGUCGCCGACCACGAGCGAAGAGCAACGGGAGUGGACUUCCAGGGCGCAGCCGGAGGAGGAAGAGGAGGAGCCGCAGCCCCCUGACACUGAAGUGACACUGAAGCCCCGCAUUAAAGAGGAGGCACAGAACGACGGCGUGGGUCAGGAGGGAGAGCCUCUGGGAAGGCUGGAGGAGUUCCCAGUGGUCGUGAAGAGUGAAGAUGAAGAGGUCAAAGGUGAAGUAGAGGCGGAGCCUCCAAGCGGCAGCUCAACUCAACACCUGAGAACAGAAGGUGAUGAUGGAGGAUCACCUGCAGACAUGUUAGCUCCACUAUCAGAUGAUGAUGAUGACGACACGACGUCACACUCUGCUGAUCAUGAAGAAGACUUGAAAGCUGGUGUGAGACUUCGCAGCGACAACACCCGCUUGGAUGUUGACAAAAAUCUAAUGAGACACUUGAAAAAUCCCCCGGAAGAAAAACUCUUUACCUGUUGUCAGUGCGACAAAACGUUCAACAGCAGGAAAACUUUAACGGCACACAAGCUCUGUCACUCCCAGGAAAAACCAUUCAGCUGCACCGAGUGCGACAGGAGCUUCUCCCGGAGGGAUUUCCUGACGACGCACAUGCACACGCACACCGGGGAGAAACCGCACGCCUGCUCGGAGUGCGACGCGCGCUUCCGACACCGCUCGGGCCUGUUUUUCCACAUGAGGAAGCACACGGGACACACCACUCACGCCUGCUCCGUGUGCGGCCGGCGCUUCUACCUCCAGGAGAAGCUGAUCGCCCACGCCAGGAAGCACGUGGAAAGCAAACCGUUCAGCUGCGCCGUCUGCAAAAAAGGUUUCGGCGACCGGUCGGCCGCGCUGGUCCACCAGAGGACGCACGCCGUGGCCGACCCGUUACGCUGCUCCGUCUGCGCCCAGACUUUCUCCAACAAGUUCGGCUUGUGCAAACACUUAAAGACGCACGCCGAAGUCAAGCGCUUCUCCUGCUCGUUCUGCGGCAAAAAAUUUGGUCGGAAUCAAACUUUGGUGGCGCACACCAGACUGCACACCGGAGAAAAACCCUUUUCCUGCCCUAUCUGCCACAGAGGUUUCAGUUACAAUUCGUCGCUGACGAACCACCUGCGGACACACACACAGUGAUGUGGAGCAGCAGGAUGAGGAUGUUUACAGUAAAUAUUUGAUAUGACUAGACAUGUCCGGCUUUUUUGACGAUAUUACGAUAUUGUCCAACUCUUAAUUACCGAUACCAAUAUAUAUACAUACAGUGGUGGAAUGAACACAUUAUUAGGGCCCGCAUGGCCUAUUGUAUAAGGACUCCCAAAGGGAGUCCUUAUACAAUGGGACAUAAGGA